CAGUCUCUCAUGUAGAACUCCUCUCUCUUCUAAUGUUGCCUCAUCUCCCUCUCCCUCCAUCUCUAACGGCUCUCGCUGAGAUGAGUCAUUUCUUUAAUUACUUCCUUUGUUUUUUACUCUGCCCGUAGUCCGAUACUGCUUCUGUUUGCUCUCUGCACCGAAAUUCCAUGGGAUUCAGUGCGGCACACCCUUGCCGAUUAGCGUGAAAGUGACAUCUCAUUUACUCCCUUGUUAUCAGCCCUUUCUCUUAAUCUUGACAAUCCCCAUUCCUCAGUCCUUUCCUUCCACAGCUUUCCCAGAAGAGAAAACUGAGACUCCAAAGAGCCUGAGAUCAUGGACGACGGCUUCUCUGAUAUUUUUGAAGAUAAAGACUUGGACUUGUCUGGAGACGAUCUGCUUGCUAUUUUGGACUCCUUAGAGGACUUCACCAAUUUUCCUCCCGCCGACAAAUCCCUUGCCGCCGUUACCUCGAAACAGAACAAAGAAACCACAAGCACUCUUGAACCCGAUGACGACUCACUAACUCAGCUUCAAGCUUCAACCAAAACCAAGAGACAGAAGCUUUCGGAGUCAUCAUCUGAAGAACCUAAGAUAUCUCAUAUCACUGUGGAGCGAAACCGAAGAAAGCAAAUGAACGAGCACUUGUCCGUCCUGAGGUCCCUCAUGCCCUGUUUCUAUGUCAAACGAGGUGAUCAAGCAUCAAUAAUAGGAGGAGUGGUAGAGUACAUCAACGAGUUGCAGCAGCUUCUGCAAUCCCUGGAGGCCAAGAAACAGAGAAAAGCGUACAACGAAGUUCUGAGCCCUAGGCUCGUGUCAAGCCCAAGGCUUUCUCCGAGAGUGAUUGCACCGGUGAGCCCUAGGCUAAACCUACCCAUUAGCCCGGGCACGCCACAGUCAGGUAGCCCCUACAAGCCCCAACCCAGACUCUCCAACUCUCUCGAACCGUCUCCCACAUCUUCUGCUUCUUCCUCCUUCAAAGACAAUCUCAACGAGCUCGUCGCCAACUCUAAGCUCGUCGCCAACUCCCCCAUCGCCGACGUCGAGGUUAAGUUCUCGGGGCCCCACGUCCUCUUAAAAACCUUGUCCCCUCCGAUCCCAGGUCAAGCUUUAAAAAUCAUCUCCGCUCUUGAAGAUCUGGCCCUCGAAAUCCUUCAGAUCAGCAUCACUUCUGCUGAUGAAAGCGUGCUUAACUCUUUCACCAUCAAGAUUGGAGUCGAAUGUCAACUCAGCGCCGAGGAUCUGGCUCAACAAGUCCAGCACACUUUCUCGCCACAUAUAUUACCAUAACUGGGCUUUUUCUCGUGACUUCUUAAGGGAAGUAAGGUAACACACAACUAGAUACAAACUCGUUAAAUAUUACUAAAUAAAUUUUAAAAAUAAUGUGAAAAUAUCUUUUUUCAGGUAUUUAAAAUUUAUUUAAUAUUGUUUAAGGAGUUUGUGUUUAAUAUUAUACAUUAUAGUCACAUCCUCUCGUUGGAUCAAAUGUAGUGCAUAUAUACAAGAGAGCUGCGCACAACCUCUAGCAUUUCUCUUAAUUGUCUCUUGAAAUUGGUCAAGAGGUGUGUUAGAUAUAGUUCCUGUAGUUGACUGCUGUCAAGUUUGAAAUUUAGUUUGUGAAUUUGAUUUUGAUUUCAUUUCCACAAGAGAUGGAAGCAUAUUCUAUUCAUUUUA